GACUUCUGGGAUUUGUGGUCUCGGAGAAGGGAUUGGCGGAGGAGAAAGACAGAGGCGUCUUUCCUUUGCCUGCUUCUGUGGACUGUUCGAACGCCCCGGGGUGGGCCAAACCCGUUUCUUAGGAAACCAGGGAUCCAGGGCAGGCAGAAUGGCUUCCUUUGGGUGGAAGAGGAAAAUUGGUGAGAAGGUCUCAAAGGUCACUUCCCAGCAAUUUGAAGCUGAAGCUGCUGAUGAGAAGGAUGUAGUGGACAACGAUGAAGGAAACUGGCUUCAUGCCAUUAAACGUAGGAAAGAAAUUCUUCUUGAAGGCUGUGCUGAGAAAAGUAAACAGCUGAAGGACGAAGGAGCCAGUUUGGCUGAAAAUAAAAGAUAUCGGGAAGCAAUUCAGAAGUGGGAUGAAGCACUACAGUUAACUCCAAAUGAUGCUACCCUAUACGAGAUGAAAUCACAGGUGCUAAUGUCUCUUCAUGAAAUGUUCCCAGCAGUACAUGCAGCAGAAAUGGCUGUCCAGCGAAAUCCACAUUCAUGGGAGUCUUGGCAAACUUUGGGACGUGCUCAACUUGGUUUAGGAGAGAUAAUCCUGGCAAUUCGAAGUUUUCAAGUAGCCCUUCACAUCUAUCCAAUGAACCCUGAAAUAUGGAAAGAAGACCUCUCUUGGGCAAGAACGCUCCAGGAGCAGCAGAAGGUAGCACAGAGGAUUAAAAAAAGUGAAGCACCAGCUGAAGUAACACACUUUUCACCAAAGUCAAUUCCAGACUAUGACUUUGAAAGUGAUGAGAUUGUUGCUGUGUGUGCGGCUAUUGCUGAGAAAGAGAAGACAGUUUCAGCAAAUAAAACAAUGGUUAUUGUGUCUGCUUCUGGGGCUGUAGAGACUGUAACUGAAAAGGAGGAUGGUGCUACACCACCAGAUGGCUCUGUUUUUAUCAAAGCCCGAUGAAGCAGUAUGCAUAGGAUUAUUUGAAUCUUUGAUUGCCUCUUGAAGUUUUGACAUAGAGACAUUUACUCUGGAGUUAGAUAGGAGAACUCCUGGUUGUAAAAUAACGUUUUUCAGAUGAGGCAUAUAAAAACUAAAAUGGCAGGAUUAUUGUAUAGUGUUUGGAAUAUGCUUUAAUAAAUUAUGAUUUAUAUUUCUCAAGGUUAAAAUUCUGAGUAAAAUGGUUUUUGAUUAAUAAACUUAGUUUAAUCUGAAUAUGUAAAUGAAUACAUUUUAAAGACAAAACUUGAAAAAUGUAUUCUUGAAUAGUGAAUAACUUGAUCAAUGUUACUGAAAUGCUGUUUCAACUUUUGUUGUAUGAUAAAGGAAGUAUGUGAUUUCGCUCCCUCUGAGAAAUAUACUGCUCUUACUAUUUGCUGUCUUUUUCUUGCUUCAUUAGAGUAAGUCUGUCAGAAAGCUUGAAUAUUUUUGACAUUCAUUUUGAUUCAAAGUUGUCAUUUGGUCAUAUGUGGAAUCUUUGAAAGUUUGGUUGAAAAUGCACGCAAAUGUGUACAUUCUGAACAUUUUCUGAAGUUUCUUUUAAUUCUGAUUUGUGUUUCUGUUUUGACUUUGAAGUUAUAACAAUGAUAGUUGUUUCCUUCAGUAUUUGGUAAAAGUGUGAAGUAUUGAUAAAUAUGAGAAUGAUGGUUUUAUUUUUUAAUUGUUACAGUAAGUAAUCCUUACCACAAAUGAGUCAUUUUAAAAAUACGCAUUUUUAAAUGAAUGGCUUUUACAGAUAGGUUAAUGACAAUUGUACUGCUAUAUUAUCCUAGUCAAAACCAAUACUUUCUCUUUUUUAUUUUACAAAGCUUUAAAAACCCUGGAAACAACUUACUUCUUGCUUGUAUCUUUCAAUUUGAUGACUGGGAAUUACUUUUCUAGAUAACUUUUUUUGAAACUACUCAGUGAAAUGAAAAAUAAUUACAAUUUUAAAUAGCUAAUUAUAUCUUUCUAGAAAUAAAAAAGUAGGGCUGUUAUUAGAGUGCCAGUGAAUAAACAACUUAAGCACAAAAGACAUAGAAAAUGGAAUGUGAUUUAUAGUACAAUCUCAUGAGUUUGAGAAGGCUAUAUUAAAAAAAUAUUUUAUUGAAAGGCCACAAUCACAUUCACAAACCAAUACGGUCAUUGCUAAUCUGAACUAUUAUUUUUAUACCAUAUACUGUAGUACAAUAAUAUAGACCUGUUGGGUUCCGUUACUUCUGACACUCAGGAAGAUACUAUAGGUGUAUUAAUUUUAUCUUUGUUAGAGAUGAAAGUAGCCCACUUUAUGUUAAAGAUCUUACUAAUGUUGGAGCAUGUAAGUAAUGAUCUACAUUUUUUAUGAAGAUGGUUUUUAAAACUUUUGUUUUAUUGGAAUGCAUAUCUCUUUUCAGAGUUGGAGAAAUUAGCAUUUGCCUUGAAAAGAAUAUUCUUUCCUUAAGUUAUAUCAUCAGAAAAUUAGCCCUGGUUAGAGAGGUAAGUUUCAGAGUACUCCAAAAAAUAUGUUAUUUUAUUUUGUUUAAUAAAGAACAUUCUCAAAACGUAAAUAGGUAUCUAGAGAAGUGAGUACUCAACAUUUGGUAUAUUGUUUUGCAUAAUGGAUGUUUGUUUAUUGUGUAAUUUGUGAAUAAAUAGUUUUUUUCUGCAUUUUGAAGAUUUUCCUAUUAUUUUGUAUUGUUAGCUUUUGAAAAAUUAGAUUCAUCUACUUAAUAUCUUUCUUAUAUGAACAUAAUAUAUUUAAAGUACCUUGCAUGGUGCCUCACACAUGAAGAAAUGCUAGCUAUUUCAGUAAACGCUAGCUAUUUCUAUGAAAAACUUGAAUUAGUUUGGAGAUAUUUAACCUCAAUUUCCUCUGAUUUUAAAAAAGGAGAACUUUUUUUGUAUUCCUUUCCUUAUCUGAAAGUAAGAAGUCUCUGCUUCUAGUAUUAUAGGAGAGAUAGUGGGAUUUUUCUUGACAGGGUCUAUUCCUCAAGCCCCAGAGAGGCAAGACUCAGGAUGGAAUGCAUGUGGCCGCUAGGCCCUGUUAUAAGAACCUAGUUUUUCCUCUGUGUUGGCGUGGUAAGCCAAGUUAGUCUCUUUCUUACCCAGAUAUAAGACAUAAAUUAGUUUAGACAUAAGAUAGAGGAGAAAAAGAAACAGCAAGUUAUGAAGAAGGAAGGCAGCUCAUUUCUGCAGGCCCCCAAGAAUGCUUAUUUUAGCUCAUACUCUUCCAUGCAUGAAGAGAAAAAUGUACCCAUUAUUUUAUACAAGGAUGUGAAUACUGAUACACAAACAUUGACUAAGCUUGUUAAUUUUAAUGACAAAUCUUUAUGAAUCUGAAGAGAAAUAAUUGAUGUUCAUGAUAUUGAUAUAGAUGUUUAAUAUACUUUCUGAAAUAACACUGUUUAGUGUUCAAGUUAAAUUGACUGUAAUUUACAUUAUUCUUGUUUGAGAAUUGUAUGGCAUAGACAGUCGUUAGUCAGAGUGUCUAGACAUCCAGACCAUGCCUGAUAACACAAGAAUCAUAUGUCAUUCUCUAGAAAACAGGCUGUUUGGUUACAGAGUAUUUAUCUUAAAUUUAUUAACAGAUACUACAUAAACAUUGAAAAGCUGUGCAAGUUAUAGAUCACAGGAGCCAGAUCUACUGCAGCUGGGGCCUACAUACAAAAUUUUAUGGCAGUGGUUUCAGUAUGACAAUCUUUUGAAUUGAUGCUGCAUGGUAAAACUAUAAAGAUUUUUUAAAAGCUCUGUCUCAGCUAGAAUUUUGAUGAUUAUAACUGAACAGUAUAGCCCUUUUAGUUGUUUGAAAAUUACAUAAUGAUUCAAAAGUUUGUUUCACUGCCUUUCCCAGCACUAAGAAAAUUAACAAUCAUUUCUUUUAAUUUCCUUGAGUCAGAAGCCCUUCUAAAGUGACUCUGGACCAGCCAUUCUGAGCUAUGAUUUCAUGAUACAUAUAUCAAUAUCUAAAUGAGUUUUGAGUUGACAUAAGAAUCAUAGUUCCAUAAUAAUUAUCGUCAAAUCAAUGGAUAUCUUAAAUGUGUUUUCUUCUUCCUUAGAGAUUAUUAUUAAACUGAUGUAUUUGAUAAAGAAUUUUGGGACUGAGGAAGUAAGUUUUUCAAACCAAUAAUAAGAUACUGAAAUAUAUAAAUUAUAAAAAGUAAUAAAAUGAAAUAAAGGAGGUUAUCCCUAAAGUCAUUUAUCUUAGCUACUUGCAAUUAAAUAUGGUUACUUUGGAAGAAGAAGUGUGGCUCUAAAGCUAGUGUAACAUGAAUCAUGCCCUAAUAUGCAUUAUACAUGAACUACUUUGGUGAGAAGGUAGCGGUAGGUGGGGAUGGCUUCCUCUCACAGUGCUUCUUAGGCUAUCCAUUUACCAAGGAACUCUAAUCUCUUCCUCUCACUUCACCAGGAAAGGAGGCAGUUUAAGAUAUAGAACUGGGCAUGCUAGCCUCUUUUUCCCCUUUUGUGGAUUUGUCAUAACUGCAGAGAGCCUAUGGUGUGGUCUCUUACCAGCCACCUUGUGAACCUUGCAGUGAAAGUUCUUUGCCUCUGCAAAGGGAGAUCUGUGCUUGUGCAGAACUGCCCAUGCCUUAGUGAGCAGGUCUGUCUAAUUCUGAGUUCAAUAUCCGGUGGCUAUUGUUGGCAUAAACUUAAAGUACAUCCUCUAACCUAGCCUUUUUCAACAAUAAACUUAAUAUAUUGAAUCUCCAUCUGUCUGUCUCUCAAGUGGUUCAGAUGUCAGGAGAGGACAGGGACAUUAUUUUAUGACUCCCUCAAACCUUAACAAAGACUAGUGCAGAUUAUAUUUCAAAGUAAGCAUGAGAUAUAUUAAAAACCAAAUGUGGGAAUUCUUUCCUAAUUUUAGAUUUUUUUUUAAAUAAUGGAAAUUCUAUUGAAAUUGAGUAGUGUUAAUUACAAGGCAACAAGUAAAUAUUUGUUCAGGAUAUUUAAAAGGUCUGCUGACUUGGAAUUGUGACAGACCACAUUGUUGACUCUAGAUUGGACUGGAAGGGAAGAAUGUGAAACGAAUUAGGAUAUCCUCUGUUCACUUCUAUUAACUUUUGUAAAUGAGUAUAACUUAGAAAUAAUAAAAUGCAAGUAUUUUAACGUUAUAGUUGGGAGAAUUUUGACAAAUGUAAACACACACUUCACCACCACUGCCAUCCUGAUAUAGCAUAUGUCCGUCACCCAAAAAGUUCUCUAAAGCCCUUUUGCAGUUGGUUCCCCUCCAUCCCAACAGCCAUCCCUAGUCAACUACUUGUCUGCUUUCUGUGGCUAUACAUUAGAUUUAACUUCAGAAUUCUAGAGUUUGAAAUAAAUAGGCCAUAUAAUAUGCACUCUUUUUGUGUCUAACUUUUUUUUUUGCCUAGCAUAAUGCUUUUGAAACCCAUCCAUGUUGAGAUUCAUCCAUGUUGUUGUGCAUAUCAGUAAUAAGUUUGUCUUUAUUGCUGAACAGUAUUCUAGUAUAUGGAUAUACCACAAUUUGUUUAGCUAUUCACUUAUUGAUGGACAUUUAGGUUGUUUCAAGUUUUGAUCUAUUAUGAAUAAAGCUGCUAUGUACAUAAAUCACAA